AUGAAUCCUAGCGGACAUAUAGUUGUCAUCCGUAGGGACGGUACUGAUGGUUUGACUUGUGAUUGGUGUUCACCCUUGUGUGAUAUUGGAAGUAACCAGUCUUGUGAUAUUCGCGUGCAACACUCAACAGUUGCUCCAUUUCAUUGCACUCUACAACUGCUGAAAGAUGGAUUAGUUCAAGCCGUCAGCAGAGUAGACGGACGAUAUAAAAUGUUAGUUAAUAAUUUCCCUUUGAACGAUGCUUGCGUUUUGACUGAUAACUGCAUACUAACUGUUGGAGAUCGUCAGUUUCGCUUUUUCUAUCCAUCGAGUCGAAAGACAACAUCAGAUGACUAUUUAUACGAAGCCUCCAGCAAAGCAUCAAGCCACUAUAACAAAGAAGAGGUUCUUACUCCAACUUCUCUACCUGUUGUUCAUCCAUCCAAACGUACUACUCCUAGAAAGAUAUUACUUAAUCAUAAAACUCGCUCCCCUCGACAGAGGUCUAUGACUCCGAAAAGAACUCUAGGGACCAGCGAGCGUUAUGGUCCAGUUCCUCCUCGUCAGCCAGCUACCCCACCAAUAAUUCAGGUACUCCGACACGAACCGAAUUCAUCACAGUCAAAGAAGCUACCUGUAUUUCAAGCAGAAAAUGUCGAGUCUAAUGGAAAAAGUGUAGGCGGUGGUAAAGGUUAUAGCUCUACAAAUGUGAAUGUUUCUAAAUCAAAUCAACUAAAGUCAUCUGUCCUUCCUGACUUGCCAAAUGCAGCACACCAUCCUUCGAGCAGUGUUUUGUCAUCUAUAAAAGGUAGGUCACAAAACCGUAUUCACACUCCGUUUAUUACAUCUACUUUACCUAAUGACGACUUCAACUUCACACCAAACGAAAAUAAACGUUCACCCGGCUUUAGAAAGAGUUUCCAUAAGCUGCUCAUCCUAAAUGAAUCAUCUAACCAAUCCAACCUUUGCAAAAUUGAUCAGUUUUAUGAUGAAUUAAGUUAUGUAAAGCAGCAGGCGAUUGAAAGCAAGAGAUCACCAUCUACUGGACAAGAAAACCAAUUUUGUUACGAUAAAUGCAUUAAUGAUCCCACAGAAGAAAGUUCUCGUGAAUAUAUUCCCGAGUUACUCACAUCACCGAAUUCCCAGAGGAUUACGAGAAAAUCAUUGUCUGCAAAGUCAUCGCAAAAAAUUAGCAUAACAUAUUCACCAGAAACAGAACAAGAAUUGAUUAACCGUAAUAGAAAACGUACCAUAUCCGGUAAAACUUAUCCGACGGCAGAGGACAUGCUUGCUACUAAACGUCGAAGAGGGGUUUCAUUCGGCCCACCUUUAAGCCCUGAACGAUUUGAUAAAUCUCUCCCCCCAUCUACUCCAGUUAAGCGAGGGGGAACUCCGCUGGUCAAACUAAGUCACAGUACCCCAGCAAACCAUAGUUUACAAGUCAAUUCAGUUGUUGGGCACUCAGCUACACCAUUUGCUUCCAAAUUGUCAGAAAUAUCACAAUUAUCAGCUUUCUCAAAAACAACAUGUGAAUCUCCAAAUUAUAAUGUAACGAAUAAUCGAGUUUCUGCAGUCAUCUCUCUACCUCCAACACCAGACACUAAUCUUCUAAAUUCCUUGAGCACUGAUAUCAGUUGUACUCAUGAAAGUUUCGCUACUUUGCCAGUGACUUCUGCAGCUUACUCUGCUCCGAUAAAAAAAUCCAAAGUCAACCGAAAAAAUUUAAAAAGACAUUCAAUUGCGUUCCUAGAAAAAACAAGUAAAACGCCGUCACCAAGAGUCCCACCAACUAGUCCGGUAUCUACUAAAGAAGAAGGUAAAAAACAAUCAACAAACGAACAAAGAGCUAAAUAUCAGCAAAAAAGAGCACAGAGCUUCUAUACCAACAAUAAUAAACCUUACAACAAUAACAACUACAACAAACUAUACUCCAGUGCUUCUUAUAGCCUACCAAAUAUAACUAAGGAAUAUAAACAAAGAAGAAGAACAUCUUCAGUGCCACCGACCAACCUGAUAGAGACUGAAGCGGUCACACCUGAAAUGAGUUUGUCGUCUGUACGGAAGGAAUCUGGUUUGACUGGUGUUAGAAAGUUGUUGAAAACUCCGAAGUCUGUGCAAACACCUCGUGUAUCUGGUGUCAGUGAACUGUUUAAGGAUGAACCGAGUGUGAAGAGACAGCGUGGUCGGCCUUCAUCAGUGCCACCGACCGACCUGACAGAGACUGAAGCGGUCACACCUGAAAUGAGUUUGUCGUCUGUACGGAAGGAAUCUGGUUUGACUGGUGUUAGAAAGUUGUUGAAAACUCCGAAGUCUGUGCAAACACCUCGUGUAUCUGGUGUCAGUGAACUGUUUAAGGAUGAACCGAGUGUGAAGAGACACCGUGGUCGGCCUUCAUCAGUGCCACCGACCGACCUGACAGAGACUGAAGCAGUCACACCUGAAAUGAGUUUGUCGUCUGUACGGAAGGAAUCUGGUUUGACUGGUGUUAGAAAGUUGUUGAAAACUCCGAAGUCUGUGCAAACACCUCGUGUAUCUGGUGUCAGUGAACUGUUUAAGGAUGAACCGAGUGUGAAGAGACACCGUGGUCGGCCUUCAUCAGUGCCACCGACCGACCUGACAGAGACUGAAGCGGUCACACCUGAAAUGAGUUUGUCGUCUGUACGGAAGGAAUCUGGUUUGACUGGUGUUAGAAAGUUGUUGAAAACUCCGAAGUCUGUGCAAACACCUCGUGUAUCUGGUGUCAGUGAACUGUUUAAGGAUGAACCGAGUGUGAAGAGACACCGUGGUCGGCCUUCAUCAGUGCCACCGACCGACCUGACAGAGACUGAAGCGGUCACACCUGAAAUGAGUUUGUCGUCUGUACGGAAGGAAUCUGGUUUGACUGGUGUUAGAAAAAAGUUGUUGAAAACUCCGAAGUCUGUGCAAACACCUCGUGUAUCUGGUGUCAGUGAACUGUUUAAGGAUGAACCGAGUGUGAAGAGACACCGUGGUCGGCCUUCAUCAGUGCCACCGACCGACCUGACAGAGACUGAAGCAGUCACACCUGAAAUGAGUUUGUCGUCUGUACGGAAGGAAUCUGGUUUGACUGGUGUUAGAAAGUUGUUGAAAACUCCGAAGUCUGUGCAAACACCUCGUGUAUCUGGUGUCAGUGAACUGUUUAAGGAUGAACCGAGUGUGAAGAGACAGCGUGGUCGGCCUUCAUCAGUGCCACCGACCGACCUGACAGAGACUGAGGCGGUCACACCUGGAAUGAGUUUGUCGUCUGUACGGAAGGAAUCUGGUUUGACUGGUGUUAGAAAGUUGUUGAAAACUCCGAAGUCUGUGCAAACACCUCGUGUAUCUGGUGUCAGUGAACUGUUUAAGGAUGAACCGAGUGUGAAGAGACAGCGUGGUCGGCCUUCAUCAGUGCCACCGACCGACCUGACAGAGACUGAAGCGGUCACACCUGAAAUGAGUUUGUCGUCUGUACGGAAGGAAUCUGGUUUGACUGGUGUUAGAAAGUUGUUGAAAACUCCGAAGUCUGUGCAAACACCUCGUGUAUCUGGUGUCAGUGAACUGUUUAAGGAUGAACCGAGUGUGAAGAGACACCGUGGUCGGCCUUCAUCAGUGCCACCGACCGACCUGACAGAGACUGAAGCGGUCACACCUGAAAUGAGUUUGUCGUCUGUACGGAAGGAAUCUGGUUUGACUGGUGUUAGAAAGUUGUUGAAAACUCCGAAGUCUGUGCAAACACCUCGUGUAUCUGGUGUCAGUGAACUGUUUAAGGAUGAACCGAGUGUGAAGAGACACCGUGGUCGGCCUUCAUCAGUGCCACCGACCGACCUGACAGAGACUGAAGCAGUCACACCUGAAAUGAGUUUGUCGUCUGUACGGAAGGAAUCUGGUUUGACUGGUGUUAGAAAGUUGUUGAAAACUCCGAAGUCUGUGCAAACACCUCGUGUAUCUGGUGUCAGUGAACUGUUUAAGGAUGAACCGAGUGUGAAGAGACACCGUGGUCGGCCUUCAUCAGUGCCACCGACCGACCUGACAGAGACUGAAGCAGUCACACCUGAAAUGAGUUUGUCGUCUGUACGGAAGGAAUCUGGUUUGACUGGUGUUAGAAAGUUGUUGAAAACUCCGAAGUCUGUGCAAACACCUCGUGUAUCUGGUGUCAGUGAACUGUUUAAGGAUGAACCGAGUGUGAAGAGACACCGUGGUCGGCCUUCAUCAGUGCCACCGACCGACCUGACAGAGACUGAAGCGGUCACACCUGAAAUGAGUUUGUCGUCUGUACGGAAGGAAUCUGGUUUGACUGGUGUUAGAAAGUUGUUGAAAACUCCGAAGUCUGUGCAAACACCUCGUGUAUCUGGUGUCAGUGAACUGUUUAAGGAUGAACCGAGUGUGAAGAGACACCGUGGUCGGCCUUCAUCAGUGCCACCGACCGACCUGACAGAGACUGAAGCAGUCACACCUGAAAUGAGUUUGUCGUCUGUACGGAAGGAAUCUGGUUUGACUGGUGUUAGAAAGUUGUUGAAAACUCCGAAGUCUGUGCAAACACCUCGUGUAUCUGGUGUCAGUGAACUGUUUAAGGAUGAACCGAGUGUGAAGAGACACCGUGGUCGGCCUUCAUCAGUGCCACCGACCGACCUGACAGAGACUGAAGCGGUCACACCUGAAAUGAGUUUGUCGUCUGUACGGAAGGAAUCUGGUUUGACUGGUGUUAGAAAGUUGUUGAAAACUCCGAAGUCUGUGCAAACACCUCGUGUAUCUGGUGUCAGUGAACUGUUUAAGGAUGAACCGAGUGUGAAGAGACACCGUGGUCGGCCUUCAUCAGUGCCACCGACCGACCUGACAGAGACUGAAGCAGUCACACCUGAAAUGAGUUUGUCGUCUGUACGGAAGGAAUCUGGUUUGACUGGUGUUAGAAAGUUGUUGAAAACUCCGAAGUCUGUGCAAACACCUCGUGUAUCUGGUGUCAGUGAACUGUUUAAGGAUGAACCGCGUGAUAACGUGCGUUAUAGUUUACAGAAAGUGUCUAAUGUUACUUCAUUGUCUCCAAGUUACUGUAAAUUGUGUCAUUGUUUGCUGUUUGAAUGCCAAUGUAGUUUCGGUUUUAAUAAUCUGACGGGGAAGCGUUCCAGGAGAAGAUGUUUGGACGCUGUCGUGGAGUCCUUGCCUUCCAAGCGUACGCGUUGUGUAGGUAAAAUUGCCGAGUCUUCAGUCGUUAAAUCUACUGACGCUGACUAUCCCGUUAUGAAAAUGUCCUCUAGAAGAUUGAAACAUCCGUCGGCUAAUGAAUUAACCGUACAACUGUCAAAAACUAAGUCGAAAAACAAGAAGCAAGUUUCCACCACGGGUUCGCAUUAUUCUGAUGCUCUAACGGAUCGUUCGGUGAAUAUAGUAAAGUCGCUGGAAAACCAGAUGUCGAAAGAACUCCCUGGAUUGGUUAUUCCCUUGCCGAAUAAUGUGACGGGAAAUAAUUCUCCAAAGGGGAAAUCUAUUCCAUAUAAAUCUCGCUUGACUCCUAGUAAUAAUAUGCUAAAUUCAUAUGAUCAAUCUGCGCCUUCAAAUGCGGUAUCUCUUAUCCCGAAGACCGCUGAGGAUCGUGAGUCUGUUUCCGUUGUUCCUGUCGCAAAGCGUCUCCGCAGCAGAAUGACCCCAUCAGUCAUUGAAUGUUUGUCAUCUAGUCGUACGCGACGUGCAGUUAAAGUACCGGAUUCUUUGAUCGGUGAAUCUGCCACUACCGACAGUUCCGGUAAGAGUUCCAUGGUGAAAUCAUCCUCUAGAAAAGUUAAAUCUCAAUCGAAUAAAGAAGUUACCAUACAGCCGUCGAAAACUAUAUCAAAAACCAAAAAGAAAGUUUCUUCUACGGAUUCGCAGUGUCCUGAUUCUCUACUGGAUCAUUCAGUCAAUGCAGUGAAGUCUACAAACAACUGCGCAUCAAAAAGAUCUAUGAAAAGACUUGCUGAUGUUCGUAGAGUCUCUCCUUCUAUUCCAUUGGCCAAACGUCUACGGAAUAGAAUUGAUCAGUCGGAUAUUAAAUGUGUAACAUCCGAACACACACGAAAUGAAGAAACAUCUUUACCUGUGAAAGACCAACCUAGUGAAAAGAAGAGAAAUGGUACCAAAACAAAUAAUCUGCGAAACCGUAAACAGGUAACCACUUCACUAUCAAAGCCACUUCCAGCUGCUUCAUCUUCAAAAUCUGUUUCAACCAAUGAAUCUAAAGAUAUAACAAUGAAGUCUAAAACACGUUCACGAAAUAUUAAACGCGCUUCUGUUACGCCUGUUGAUAAUAUAGCUAAUGUUUCACCAAAAAAACGUGUUCUUCGCUCUCGUAAGUUAAUAACUCCUACUUCAGAAAUAACGUCAGAAAUAAGUCAACCAAUCCAAGAAAAAAUAUCAACUUCUAAAAUCGCUAAUAAAUCAAAAUUAAAGACCACUAAUAAUAAUAGUAAUAAUAAUAGCUCAGUAGCAUCAAAAUCAACUCAAGCUAAACAAUCAUCAAUAUCAAUCCGUCAAACUCGUUCAAGAACACGCCAAUAA